AGGAAGGAAACCCGGUAUAAGAAAGCAGAAGAACGUUUGCUUCAUAUGCGCUUCAUGGACUGAUCUAUUGACCACCUCAAUCAGAAGACACGGAGCUGAGUAUCCUCUCAAAGAGCUGAUGCUGGGAACCAUGAACAGCACGGUGAUGAAGGGCUUCAACGGGUCUGAACGGUGCCCGAGAGACACGCGGAUAGCACAGCUGGUGUUCCCAGCCUCCUACACUGUCGUUUUCGUUACUGGCACAGUGCUGAACACUAUGGCUCUGUGGGUGUUUGUUCACAUCCCCAGCUCCUCCACCUUCAUUGUCUACCUCAAAAACACUUUGGUGGCCGACUUGAUAAUGACACUCAUGCUUCCAUUUAAAAUCCUCUCUGACGCACACCUCGGACCCUGGCAACUGAGAGCUUUCGUGUGUCGUUUCUCUGCCGUCAUCUUUUAUGAGACCAUGUAUGUGGGCAUCAUACUGCUGGGCCUCAUAGCCUUUGACAGAUUCCUCAAGAUCAUCAGGCCUUUUGGAAAAUUCUUCGUACAAAAACCUGCUUUUGCAAAAAUGGCCUCAGCCCUUGUCUGGCUCAUUUUGUUCCUCUUAUCUCUGCCAAAUAUGAUCUUAAGCAACAAGGAAGCAACACCGUUGUCUGUGAGAAAGUGUGCCUCCCUGAAGGGGCCUCUGGGGCUGAAAUGGCAUCAAGCGGUGAAUUACAUAUGCCAGGUCAUUUUCUGGACUGUUUUCGUCCUAAUGUUUCUGUUUUAUAUGGUGAUUGCAAAAAAAGUAUAUAAUUCUUAUAGAAAGUCCAAAAGUAAAGACAGCAAAAACAACAAAAAGCUGGAAGGUAAAGUAUUUGUUGUGGUGGCUGUCUUCUUCAUGUGUUUUGCGCCAUUUCAUUUUGCCAGAAUCCCAUAUACUCAUAGUCAAACCAACAGUAAGACUGACUGUAGAUUGCAAAAUCAACUGUUUAUAGCUAAAGAAACAACUCUGUUUUUGGCAGCAACUAACAUUUGUAUGGACCCCUUAAUAUAUAUAUUCUUAUGUAAAAAAUUCACAGAAAGGUUACCAUGUAUGAGAGGGAGAAAGACCACAGAAUCAACCCAAGAAAAUCAUACUAGUCAGACAGACAAUAUAACUCUAGGCUGAUGAGUUACAUGGUUAACUUUUGUUUAUCAACAAAACUUCAAACGACAUUUUAUUUGGAAAGCAAAGUUGAGCAAUGAGAAAAAAAAGACUAACUAAUGUUUUCUCACAUUUUAUUAUCCUGGUAUACAGAAAAGAUUAUAUAAAUUUUAUUUCUACAUAGGUCUAUUAUUAGCAAAAUGAAGUAUCAGUAAGAGAAUGUACAGAAAACAAACAGCCACUACUAAUCUUUCUGAGAACAUUCAUUUACAUUUGGAAAGGAUUUAUUGUGUAUAAAUGUAUCAUCCUAAAAACCUCCCCUCCAACACACUUUCUCAGAUUCUUUUAUACACAUUAUUCAAACAACACUACUGCUUUUGUAUCCCACAAAUGUCAGUACUCGAUAAUUUAAAAAUAAAAAAGCCUUGGGAGUCCUCUAGUGAAAGCUGAAGCUAGGCACUGAAAGGAAUGCUAGAUAUGAAGCAUUUGGGGAACUGAAGCAGGUCAGAAAGCCCUCUGAAAUUCUGGAUGAAGGUGUUUCUCCUUAUAAUUACAAAGCACCUCAGCCAUUAUUCCGAUACAUGAUAGGAAACACAAGCACCAUUAUUAAGCCAUGUAAAAUACUGCACUGUAGUAUUUUGCUUACAUUUUAAAUAUUUAUGAUUCAAGGGAAAGAAUACUGUAUUAUUGUUCUCUGAAAUUUUCCCUCUGCCCAGCAAAAACUCUAAUGAUGGUUGAAUAUGCCACCUACUCAGCAAAGCCCUUCUGGGUCACAACCUCUUUUCUGUCUCACACCUCUGAUUGAAAAUAAUUACUUCUCCCACUAUUUGGAUAUGGCUUAGAGUCCUCAUUACAGAUUUCACUUUCCUGGUUAGCUGGGUUCUUGACUGCAUCUCCCAAAGAUGGUUAGGAUUGUUGAAGGAAGACAACAUGUUUUGAAGACAGAACACAUUUUCUUGGUGUCUCCCACAAUGGAUUAAAAAUGUUUCAAAUAGAAUAUAUCACCAUUAUGCCAUUCUUGAUACAUAUACAAAUGGAACUGGUGAUGCACAAUCUGUAACAUCCAGACUGGGAAUUUUUCUAAGGCUUGUACUUUUAUUUCUGUAUUUUUUCUUGAAUUCCUCUGUGGUUCAAAAAAUCUGAAAGAUGGUUAUCUGGAGUUGUGGAUGCUGAUUUAUAUCUUCUAGAGAAAAUGCACAGAGGAAGAGUCAUGCUCUGUAAAUGUGUCUCUUGCUCCAACAUGAUCGUCGUAGGUGAAACAUACCCCCCAGGGCACCAAAAGCUCCGAAACUUACCUACCUUCCUGGCCUCAUCUCCUAACUGCUUUUCUAUCUGUGGAACUCUCCACUGUUUUUAAUUUGUAGCUGGUGCCAUUGCACAUGUAAAUUUUCCUCUGACUCACCAAGAAAUCUCUUACCCAUCCAUGACACCCUAAGUGGCCAGCACUGAAUCCACGAAAAUCAUCCGGUCAACUUCCCACCACCAUCUCAGACCUGAUCAUUCCCUCAUCUGGAUGUUGUUAUACCUCAAUUAUUGUAUUUAUCACACCGCUGUGUAAUUACCUGCUCACACGUAUCUACUCUUGUAUUAACCUAUGUAUACUUCUGAGAGCAGAGAUUGUAUCUCAUUAUGCAAUCAAAUAAGUAUUUGAUAAAAAUAUACCAAACUGAUUUUUGCAUGCUAGAAAAGCAAAAGGGAAGCUGGUUCUCACUAAUGUUUUCAUUUCUUGAAAACUCGUGCUUUUUAGUUGAGUUUCACAGCAUGUACACAGAGGCCUGGGAAGUCGGGGUGUUCUUGGGUUCACUAGUGAAUGAACAUACAGGAAGCACGAUUACUAAACUGUACAUGUAUAGCUUGGGGCUUGAUGUCUAUCAACAUUUUGGUUUUACAGCUACUGACAAAUGCUUUAGCUAUGUACUGUCAGCUUUGGUUAAGUAAAAUUUGUAACUAGCAUAUUACAAUCUUCAAGACUCUCCUUUUAGAAGGUGUUCUUAAUGUAUUGGUUUUCAUUCUCUCAAAUAAAAAAGUUAAAUCAUUA